AAAAAAAGGAAUAUGAAAAAAUAAAAAAGGAAAGGAAUUUUUAGAAAAGCAUGAGAAACAGUAGGCAUUGAUAAAAGCUGAAAAGAAAGAAAACAAAGAUCCACCUCGAACCUCCCUCCACUCUCUGUCUUUCGCUCUCAACCCUCGACCAAACCCCAAUCUUCUUCUUCUUCCUUUGCUUGGCUACUGAGCAGAAUUAGGAGGUUUUGAUUUGUUGGUCUGAGCUUGGGUUUGGGUUAAUUACUACAAUUGUUUUAAAAUUAUAAUUUGUGAAUAAUUAUGAGGGAAGAGGAUUCGAAUUGGUUCUCUAGAUGGGAGGAAGAGCUGCCAUCUCCGGAUGAGCUUAUGCCUCUUUCCCAAUCCCUAAUUACUCCUGAUCUUGCUAUGGCCUUCGACAUUCGUAACCCCAAUCAUCACCAUGCUCAACAGCAACAGUCCUCAGUACAGCCUGCUCCUCCUCCACCUUCCGCCGCUGUCCAGCCUUCUUCUCAACCUACCUUAGCUGAAUUCGCCGCUGAUUCUGGAGACUUGGGAUCCGGGGCUGCUGGGGAUGAGCCAGCACGGACUCUCAAGCGGCCUCGUCUCGUGUGGACCCCACAGCUUCACAAGAGAUUUGUUGACGCCGUGGCUCAUUUGGGGAUCAAGAACGCUGUCCCCAAGACUAUAAUGCAGUUGAUGAGUGUUGAUGGUUUGACAAGAGAGAACGUUGCUAGUCAUUUGCAGAAGUAUCGCCUUUAUUUGAAGAGAAUGCAAGGUUUAUCUGGUGGUAGUGGAGGUGGUGCCAAUGGUGGAUCUGGGGGUGCCGGAUUAGGUGCCUCGGCUGAUCCAGCGACAGACCAUUUGUUUGCAAGCUCACCUGUUCCACCACACUUUCUUCAUCCAGGUAGGGGUAAUUCAGAGCAUUUCUUACCAUUCGUGCCAGUGCCAGCACUGCAGCAUCACCAUCAUCACCAGCAACAGCAGAUAGUGGCAGCUGCAGUAGGACAUCCCCAUUUGCAGUCUCAGUAUCAUAGGCCACAAAUGGGGCACUAUGGGUCAUCUCCGAAUAGCCAAUUUGAGCAUCCCUUCUUAGGCAGGCAGACGCAGCAACCAAUGCAUAGGAUCGGAGGGACACCCAUGCAUAAUCAAGCUCCCAGUAGUUAUGUGGAAGAUUUGGAAUCGGCCAAUGGGAAUGGUGGAAGGAAGGUUCUUACAUUGUUUCCUACUGGGGAUGAUUGAUUCAAAACUUUGGUAAUCAUUGACACCCCAUUUUCAUCAUUCAACAUUUCUGCUCUAUUUUUAAUUAGCCCUUUUCUUCAAGUUUCAUCAUGUAGAGUCUUGGUUAGUAGUUAUUUCUCUUUCUGGCUUUUUUUUUAAGUGAUCCUGAGGGGGUGCUGGUAAUUGGAAAUGGAAUUCAAUUUCUGAGUUUCAUCUUGAGCUUGUAGGUAGUAUACUUAGUGUGUUUCUUUUACUACACUCUGUUGUGUCACUGUUGCAGUGUCAGUUCUUUUGUAAUUGUCAGUUGUGCAGACUUCACGGCUGCAAUUAAGUUGCCAGUGGCAUUCUGUGUCCUCAGUCAGCUUCUGGUGAUGGAUAUUAAUCGUGAUGUUUCUCUAAGUGACAAUAUGUUCUUAGGUUUAUCAUCUUGCAAUUACAUCAGUGUGCUGGUAUCAAGUUAAUAUGGUUUUCUUUGUGGCAAUGGUUACUGGGAAAUAUCUCAGUUUACUUAAAAUAUAUAGACUGCAUGCUUGGGAGGUCAUUCAGCCAAUAAGGUGGUUUUUGAGGCUACAUGACUAAAUUUUGAGCUUGAGGUGGGGAAAAGAAGACAUAAUGUUGACAAUCUUAGUUGGUGGUUCUGUUUGUUACAUUCGGUGUUGAGGUUCUCGAGCUUCCUAUAUUCUCUUCUGUGUUAAUGAUUUCUUCUUCUUAUUUCAGUGUUAUGUAGAGGUAAGUUGUACUUGUUGUACAUUGUAUGACUCCAUAGAAGACUUUGGACCUAUGAUAUGAAGGGCGACUUUCAGAUAUCUCUGACUUUCUUUUUUCUUCUCACUUUUCUUUUCAUUUUUUUUUUCUGGCUUUUGUUACUUUUUCCAUGUUAAGUCUUAUUCCCAUACACAUUAGCUGCUAAAAUUUCACAGCAUCCGCAACUUUUUCUUGUAUUGUUGAAUUACAUAAAUCUGUUCUGCUAAGUAGAACACUCGGCAUUUCUGAUCAAAGAAUGAUGUAGAAUUUGUUGGCAUGCUGCUUCAACAUACCAUCCUUGGUCUUAUUUUCGGUCAUUUGUGGCUGAAAUCUUAAAUCUAACAAACAAGAAGGCAGUCGAUGAAAUUCUAAUCAGUUCUCAUUUGUUGUAAAGCAAACUAGAGAAAGAAUUUUGGUGCCAAUGUUUGUUGCAUUGAAAGUGAAGCAUCUUUGUGAUCUGAGUGCAUAAGCCAUGUUCAUUGAGCCAUUUUGUUACUCUUUCUCUGCACCAUAUCAUUGUUUAAAUUUUGGGGCUUGUUCAUUUUUAGGCCAACUGUGCUUUCAUUUCUGUAAUAAAUAGGAUAUUUAUCUGGUACUAGUGACAUUUUGGAAUUCUGACCAUAGGCAAUUAUUUAUGCAACUAAGCAGAGCAUUAGACUGUAUACAUCCCCUUCAUAAUUUCUUUAAAAUUUCAAAACUGGAGAGAGAUUUUCAAUAAUGGAUUCUAUAAAUCAGCUUCCUUGUGGUCACAGUACCUACCUGUAAUCUCUAAAUUGAUUAGAGUAGUCACCUAAGUUGUUGAUCACAUUAAAAGUUAGCCUUGAGAUUGAUCAUGAUUGUUUACUCUAGUCUUUGAGUGGUGGCAGUGGUAUAAUUUGUUAUGCGCAUUCUAAUUGCACUUGUGAUCUGAUUCUAAUACAUUGCUAGAUUCUUAUAGGUAGGGUGACUUUGAUCAGUGUUUUCUUUUAAUAAACUAGAUAAGUAGGGGAUUUAGUAUUGCAAAUGGCUUGGAAUUGGAUGUACUGUUUGCCACUGCCAUAUUAUACCUGAUGUAGGUAACUUGGAUAAAUUCUGAGUGAAACUUUUAUAUUCUGGUGUACUUUUCUGUUUGAUUAUUAACUCUACUAACUGCAGCAGAGUAGAGUGGUCGAUAACAUUUGGGGCUAGUUUUACCGGAGGUUAGGAUUCCUAGAAGAAGCAUUUUUUCCUUUUCUUGGUUCUAAUUUCCUUUCCGUUUCAUUUCCUUGCCACAUUAGUAUUCUGUUGCUGUUAAAACAGACAACAAAAUUGGAUGUUUUGGCUAAGAAAUGUUGCCCCUGAUUGUAAUACCCGUAGGGGUUAUUUGUUUAAUCCACAAAAGUAACUCAUAGAUUAAAGAUGGUAUGAAUAUUUUUAUGCUUAAUCAAACUUUAGCACAUUAAGAGACUCAUGGCUUCUUUCUAGGUUCAUGACUAGGAACAUGGCAAGUUUACCAGCAUCUCAUUCACUCUCUCAAUGGGUGAAAUGGUGCAUCCUGCCGAGUGCUAAGGACAUAAAUACCAUUGGAGAACGCAUGAAACAGAGUAAUGAUAAUCUCAGGGUUGAACUAGUAUGCAAAUAACCAGACAUUUUAUCUUUGCUUGGAAUAUUGGAUAAUGUAGGGCAUUCCAAGUUCUUCUGAAGUCGGUGUGUUAAAUUUAAAUUGAUAUUUGUCAUUUUGGGAAAGCGUGUUGUUCAUGGAUGCAAAAUAUUAUCUGGCGAAGAAUAAAAUUGAUGAGCAAUAGAAUCUAGAGCUUAGCUCAAUUGCUUUGUACGGGUGAUAUUCAGUAAGUUUGGUGUUUGAAUUAUAGUAUUUUCAAUUCCAUUCCCUCCCAUACUUGGGAUUCGAAUCAAGUUAA